AGAUAUUUUGCACUCUAGUUUCGUAGGCAAUAGCCAAGUAAGAAAUGAGUGGAGUGGCAGCUUCUCCAUGGAUUUUGGGUACUUUUCUUCUUUCAUCGUCUUCAUCCUCACUUGCUAUGGAAUUCUCAACUUCACCGGCUACUUCUGGAGGUGGUGCGGUGUGCCGAUCUCAUUUCAGACAACCGAAAGACCUCAAAUUUGUACUCCAUGAUGCUCUCGAUUCUUCUGGAUUCAACACCACCUAUGCUAGGAAAGCAAGGGAGGGGUUCUUCUCACAAAUCAGGAAGUUGUCUGAUAUAGAGAGGGAAACAAGCAUAAUCAUCAACGGAGAGGUUGACUUAGGGAAAACCGCCCUUCACAUAGCAGCAGAGGAUGAUUCACUCAUUUCUCAUUCUUCUGUACCACUUCCCGUGGAUGCUUUUAUGCAGAGAUUGGAUGGUCUUUCUAGGGGUUAUUGCUCACGCUACCAUUCAUCAUUUAGAUCAUCUCCUGAUAAUUUUCUGGAGUGCCUAGAGAGAUACAUGUAUGUUGACAAGGGUUUUCGACGGACCAACUCAAGCAAUCAGUUGGAGCAACGAGCAGUUUAUCUUCAUUCAGUUCUGACUCAUCGUGUAGGCUCAAUGUCUAUGCUUUCACUGAUCUAUUCUGAGAUCCUGAAAAUGCUACGUUUGUGGGGUCUCCUCAAUUUUGAUGUUGAGAUUUCUUCCCAUAAUGAUUCUUAUGGUUCUCCUAGAGGCUAUAUUAAGCAGAAAACUACAGAGUCUGAUCAGCAACAAAUCGUGACAACGGAAUCCCUGUUACUGAAGAUCUUGAGAGAUUUGAAGAAUGCUUUCUGGCCAUUUCAACUUGAUCAAAGUAGAAGUCCAUUUCUAAGAGCAGCAGAGGCUGCUUACUGCUCCGAUAGAUCAGCUGAUGUUGACAAAAGUGGCUUGCAGCUUGCAUCUGCAAAGGCUGCUAGGCAUAGGCUAGAACGUGGAGUUUGGACCAGCGUACGGUUUGGGGAUAUAAGGCGUGCACUGUCUGCAUGCGAGCGACUCAUUAUUCUAGAAGCCGAUUCAAUGGAAUUACGAGAUUAUGGCGUUCUCCUUUAUCACUGUGGAUUUUACAAAGAAUCAUUGCAAUACCUCAAGUUAUAUCAGGAUACAGAGAAAUCUACCACCAUGAAACAGUUACAAGAUUCCUUGAGAAAACUGGAGGACGAUGCUGUAGAAAAGUUAAUAAUUCGGCUUAACCUCAUCUUGAUGGAAGACGAUAAUAUUAGACCUUCAUCCAUCGCAAGUUCUUUAUAUAACAACACCGAUCCUUGGUAACUAACAUGUACUUCUGAACCUCGUGAACCGGGUUCUUGGUCUGGUCUGGUGAUGUCAGUCUGGUCUUUUUCCCUGUAUAUACAUAUAGCGAUCAAGAACCUCUUGUGGCAACUGCAAAGGGAAUUAUAUGACGCCACACCUUUAUACCAAGGUGUUUUUUACAUGGAGCAUCCAGAUGUACGUUUGUAAUAUUUGUUAACGAACACAAGAUAGACGUUUUGAUGAUCAUAUCGUUGUAAAUAGUGUAUAUGGUAACUCCUCUUUGUUU